AGUAUAUUUUCCAACCGACCGGCUCAGUCGUUAUCAAGUCGGCAUUCGAAGCAGUUCAAUUGCACCUAUAGGACCAAUCCAAGAGAUACACUUACACUCACUAGGUGUACUGGGGUAAUCUGGUCCGUCCGUUUAGCUAGUCAGGAACGUACUUGGAUCGAACUGUAGUUGUAACAUCGCAAGAAGUAAUACCCUUCUGAGUACUUGCCGAUCGCGGUGCAUUAUCAAAGUUGCCAGAUAACCUCCACCCUGAAGCUCGGACUUGGACUCGGAUCAGAUCAGACCACAUAAGGAAGUUGAAGCGAUCGGACGGCACAAAUCUUAAAUCUUUGCCAUCGGAGAGCAAAACGCCGGCCAAAGACCCCAUCUUUUUUAGUAGUUUUCUGUUACCAUUUCAGACCUGAACUGACCGAUAUCACGCUGCCAUGAUCGGGAAGGAACGCAUCUUGCGAACAAGUGCGGCAGGACUUCUGCUCGCCACCGGCAGCCUGUUAUCGCUCAUCUAUAUGGAGCGCAUCGAGAGGUGGGUCCUCGAGUGGUUCAUGGUCCUUCGGCCGGGCACCUUCAUCUAUGACCUGUGGCAGUCGCCGACUAUACAGACCGAGGUGGACCUCUACAUCUUUAACUGGACCAAUGCCGAGGAUGUAACUAAUACCACAAUAAAGCCCAGGUUCGAGGAACUGGGACCCUAUCAUUUUACGGAAAAGAUGCAGAAACUUAACGUAGAGUGGCACGAUGAUAAUUCCACGGUAUCGUAUUUGAGGAAAAGUCGAUUCGAUUUCGUUCCGGAAAAGAGUGCCGGCUUGCCGUCGGAUCCUGUGGUGGCCCCCAAUCUGAUCAUCGUGGGUCUCUACCAGAAAAUGCUUCGCAUUAAUCCCUUUAUGCGCUCUCUUAUGAUAAUGGCCCUAAAUGUUUAUGGGAAGGAAACCACAAUGGUUAAAACUGCCAGCGAAUGGAUGUUUGACGGUUUCGAGACACCACUCAUCAAGAUGGGAAAAGUAUUACCGCCAGGACUGGUUCCAGAAAUGGAUUUUGCCUACGAGAAGGUUGGAUAUGCAUAUCCGCGCAAUGGAAGCAUGGAGAUCUAUGGCCACCACAAUGUCUAUACGGGGCGUGAUAACUUCGAGAAGCUGGGUCAAAUAGCGCGAUGGCGCUACAACAACGUCACUGAAGACAGUCCACGGUGCAAGCUAAAGGGCAGCACUGGGGAAUUUCAUCCGGUUCCUCUGCUGAAAGGCAAGCCCAUCUCAUACUUCCUGCCGGACUUGUGCCGCGAAUUUCAGAUCGAUUAUUUCGGGACCACCACAUUCAGGGGCAUCGAUGCCUUUGUCUAUAAGGGCAGUGCCCGAAACAUGGCUAAUGGCACUGACAAUCCUGACAACAGCUGCUACUGCCAGGAUAACUGCCAGGAAGUUAGGUCCGGACUCCUGAAUAUAUCUUCCUGCUGGUAUGGAGCACCGGUCUUUGCCUCGUAUCCGCAUUUCUACCUCGCCGAUCCCUACUACGUAGAGCAAGUGGAGGGAAUGAAGCCUGACAAGGAUCGUCAUGAAAUGGUCGUUAUCCUGGAGCCAAAAACAGGAAUGCUGCUUGAGAUCAAGGCCAGAAUCAUGGCCAAUUUACUAGUCGAACCGAAAACCCAAUCACUCUAUCGCAAAGCGAGGAAAACCUUCUUUCCGCUAAUCUGGGCGGACUACCAUGUACAGAUCACAGAUGACCUCCUGCUCUACAUGAAGCUCGUUCCAGUCGCUGAAUGGGCGGGAAAAGUGUGUGGAGUUUUGGGCGUGGUUCUGGGCGUUGUCAUGUUGUUUUACUAUCCACACCAAUGGAUCUGGAAGAAGCGUUUUAUGCAGAGGAUAGAGAUCAACACCCUGGAGGUAACGCGAAUGUCAGAGUCCACAAAGGCCUCUGGGGCCGUGGAGGAAUCGUCCUUGCUAAUGGGCCUGACAUAUACGGGGGCGAAGGAGGAGGUUCGGAUUCCUUGUCCAUCCAGAAAGAUGACAUCACGAGUGCGUCACUGUGCCAGGCUGGUCAUUGUGCUCUUGGGGAUCUGCUGCAUCACCAGCGGAGUCUACCUCUUCCGCAACUGGAUCGAGAUGUUUACACGCAUGCGCGGCAAGGAAAUGGCUUUGAGUCCAACGUCGCGAUCAUUCGAGGGCUGGAAAGUAUCCCCCCUGCCUCUAAAUUUCGAUGUCUAUCUCUUUAAUUGGACGAAUCCGGAGGACUUUUAUGUGGGAUCGGGCAAGAAGCCGCGAUUUGAACAACUGGGACCCUACCGGUUCCGGGAGAGUCCCGACAAAGUCGACAUCGAUUGGCACAACCAUAACUACUCCGUGUCCUUUCACAAGAAGUCGUGGUUCUAUUUCGAUGCAGAGGCCAGCAAUGGAAGUCUCUCGGACAUGGUGAACACAGUGAAUUCUGUGGCCCAUUCUGCGGCGUUGCGUUCAGCUGGCACCUGGGGAGCUCACAUUGUCAACAUCUUUUCAAACAUGUAUGAUCAGAAGGUUAGCGUCACUAAAACAGCCGAAGAACUGCUCUUCAAGGGCUACGAGCACCCAUUUGUUACUAUCGGAAAGAUUUUCCGGCCAGAAGAUGUGCCGUAUCACCGCAUUGGCUUUCAAUAUCCGAGGAACGGCAGUGCCGCCUUCGAUGGCGACAUUAACAUGUUUACAGGAGCCGAUGAUAUCGCAAAAAUGGGGCAGAUACAUACGUGGAACAAUCUCACGCACACUAACGCGUUCGAGGGCAGUUGCGGCAACGUGCACGGCUCCAUGGGCGAGUUUUUUCCACCCAACCUCGGCACCAACGACACCGUCUACAUGUACAUGCCCAAAAUGUGCCGGGCCAUACCGCUGGACUACACCGAGACAGUCACAGUCCACGGAGUAACGGCCUACAAGUACAGUGGCACCGAACACGCCGUGGACAAUGGCACCCUCUACCCAGAGACCAGUUGCUACUGCGUCAAUGGCAAGUGCUCGCCCAUCGGCGUGAUCAACAUUGGACCAUGCGCCUUCAACUCCUCCGUCUAUAUGUCCUUCCCGCACUUUUACAAGGGCGAUCCCAGCUACCUCGACGCCAUUGAGGGGCUGCUGCCGGAGAGGGAGAAGCACGAGUUCUUCAUGACUCUGGAGCCGAACGCUGGCGUGCCCAUGGAUGUGGGCGGCGGCUUCCAGGCUAACUACUUUAUGGAGCCCGUAGAAGGAAAUAAUAUCUUUGGAAAUGUGCCAACGGUGAUGAUGCCAAUGAUGUGGUGCGAGGAACGGGUUCGUGUCUCGGAGGAGAUUGCCGCCGACAUUUCACUGGUGCCGCUUAUUGUGCUGCUGGGCCAGAUAGUCACUGGCAUUCUGCUCGCUGGCGGUCUUAUAUGCACCUGCUGGUAUCCCACGCGCCAAGUGACGCACUUCUGCCAGAGUGAUCCCAAGGCCAAGGCGAGUGUCCUGCGACCACUGACCACAUUCGGCGUCAGUUCGUCCGCAGCAUCCGCUCCCCCGCUAUCGCAGUUGUUCCGAACCAACCAAAGUGAAACUGGCAACGAACGAGUGGGAGUGAGACUACUCGACUACAGGCGCGACUCCGGAGUAAGGGAGGAGAUGGGAGCCGUUGAAGGAUCGCCGCGGGAACGAUUGAUCGGCAUGGAGUCGUCGGAUGUGAUAGCCAUUACCAGAUAAUACAUGAACUGGCAACGCGCAUUUCUGGCAGUGCCGCCCACUUUCGUCUGCCUGAGACUCAUUUACGUCGCCGUAGCCUAGGACUGCAUAUGCAUAUUGUGAUGAAGCCAUUUUGCCUUAGCCAAUUGCUCACCAACGAACCACAUUCAUAUCCGCACAUUACCGCUUUUCGGAGGUCUCCCCGCUGAGAGAGAUUAAUAAGAUUAUUUAUUUUAGUGCCAAAAAAAAAAGGAAGAUCACGAGCAAAAGUCAUUAAUUAUUUUGUAGGCUAAUCUACGAUUAAAGUGUAAAUAGAUAGAGUCGUUAAGUGCUCCAUUAUCGUAACCCAUUACUCGUUUCCCCCAACAUUGUUGGAAUGAAACUGCGCACGCCCAAAGUAUUCAUAUAUAUUCAUAUGGUAAUGCCUAAUAUUUGUCGUAUAAGUCGUUGAGCGAUUUGUGGCUUCUAAGAAAGAUUAUCCUUGCUCAUACCUAAUUAGCCCCAGAGGGCCACUCUUUUAAGUCUUGUACAAAUAUCACUUACGUGGCAAAGAUUUCGCAUAUCCUAUGUAAAUAUAUCAAUCAUUGUAAGACCUAAGAUAGUAAAGCACAGCUGUGAAACCCGGAUAUACUUCCACAAAAAAAUUCCUUAAGAUAUAAUUUGAAUUAAAUAUAACGAAUAAAUAAAAAAUGCUUAUUCGAAA